UACGCUGUCAUUAUGCAAACUGUUUUUGAUACCAAUUCUGAACCUUAAUCCCUUUCUGUUGCUUGUAAACAGGACGGGGAUGGAUUACGUAAUACUUAUUUACUACUGUACUACCUGAACAUUUAUUUACAUCUUGUUUGAAUAUUCUGAAUGAUACAACUAGAUCUUAUCGAAUAUUGAAUAAACAUCAUUCAAAUGUUACAUGAUUUGCCGGAUUGAUUCCAUCAUGUCUAGCAUGAUGCUUGUAACUUUUAUUUGCUUGUAAAACAUAAAACUGUUCAAAUUUUUGUAAAUGCACGCGCGUAAAUUCAGCUAGAGGUCUCUGUUUUCUUGAGUUUAGACCAUUUUACUUCUAUAUUUAUGUAAGGAGAAAGAUGUGUACAGAAGACAUAGUAGAAAACACUGUAUUAAAACCGCCAUUAAUAAAAUGAAGGAGAAAAUGAAAUAUCAAGAUGUAUGUACAGUAAUAUUGAGUACAUAACUCUAUAGGGGUGUGUACUUUAAGUAUUUCAAGAAGUGCGAAUUAGGAAUUUUAUCACUGUAUAACUCCAACGUGAUGCUUUAAUAAAUUUAAAGGAUAUUCGGAAACAAUAUAGAUUCUAAUCACGAAGCCGCAUCUUUAUAUAAAUGUUCGUGCUUUCAAAUGUCAAGGUUUUACUACAUUUCAACACAUACUUUUAAAUAAAUAAUAAUUUAAUAAAUUGAAUACGUAUGCGUGUUAAUGUUUAUCACACUUUCAUAACAGGACAAUAUAAUAUCGGAGAAUAUAACUGAAGCCAUGUGCUUCAAAUUGUGCUUUUAGUUUUAAUAAACGUUCUUGAAAACAGUUCGCUUGAGCGAAGCUGUGUUGGUAGAAGAACGAAAGUGAAAAGAAAGUGACUAAAAUGUUUAAAUCUUAAAGGAAAGCAUGUCUAUCAGGAUAACAAGCAAUAUUGAAUUUUUCGAUGAUGAAGAGGAGAUCCAAGCCGAAGCUGAGGUACAAUCAGUACCGGAAGUAGUAUUUAAAGAACCGGUGGAAGAAAAGCCUUUCACACGUUUCCGGCGGGUAGCAAGAGCAGUCAAACUUCUCAUACAAGUCUGCCAUGUCUGUAAAAGUUUGCUGGAAGAUUCGGUUUCUCAAGAGGCGUGGUUUGCCCUCGUAGACAACCUCGCUGCGGCGGCUGCGCUUACCUCGGAUAAGAAAAAGGGGAGAGCAUUUGUAACAUUUGUACCGAACGAGAACAGAGAGCUAGAACAGCUAAGUUUCGACGUGACCGAAUACAUGAGACACAAGAAAGCAGAGGAUUACCUGACAGAUGAAAUCAGGAGUAUCAUGAAGCAAAGGCCGGGAACUAGAUCAGAGGACCAAAUUGUUGAAGUCGUCCGGUGCAUGAAAAGUAUAAGUAAAGCGUUCAAUGAAUACCCACUGUCAAUACAGAAACAGAUCUGUCAGAGAGCGUUUUAUGAUCAGUAUCGGCGGAAUCGUGUAAUUCUCCGCAGAGGUUUGGCCCCAGACGGCAUUUACUUCCUGCUAUCCGGAGAAUUGGUGGAAAAGCCAGAAGGACGCAAACAGCCAGAGGAAAUAGAAGCUGGACAGAAAUUUGGGGAAGAAGACCUUAUAUGCGGCUCGUCAAGAAGAGCUACCGUUCUAUCGAAAGACGAGGUAGAGAUACUGUACCUUCACAGAUUUGAUUACCGUGUGAUAUUCAACAUGUCUGCCGACUCUUAUGACCCUAAAAACCUGGAAAUAUGCAGAUAUGGUAGACUUAUUGUGAAAGACAGCAAUGAUAUAGAAUGGAUAUAUGUGAUAAAAUCGGGCGAGGCACGGGUUCUGAAGCAUCUGGAACCAGGGAGGGUGGACGUGAAAGCUAGGAGGAAGAAAAUACAACAGCAGAUGGAGGAACAAUCUAUUUAUCAUAAGAAAAAGAAAAUCCUGGACUUCAUUGCAGAUGGAAAUGGAAGAAAAUCGUGUUAUGCACCAUCCAACUACAGACCAAGUUCUCUGCGACGCGGCACAAUUGCUGCCGACCCAUCUCUGCACAGAAAUGGCCAUACUGACCAUAAUGCUGACCUUCGAAUACGCAGCCAGUCUGCAGUCCCGACACGUAAUUUCACAAGCUCAACACCUCAUGGGAGGAGGCAGAAUCGACCAAUGACAGUUAACGCAACACGGCAUGUUGAAGAUGACAGUGAUGCCAAAGAUGGAGAAGAUAAGGAGAAUAAAGAUGUCAAUAUAGUUUUUACUGUAAAUGAUGAAGAUGAAGAUCUGCUCUCCACGGACAAGUCUGACCAUGAGGUUGUGAUUGACAGUGACCGGAGAUCAAGUUACUCAAGGAACAGAGGAUGGAGGGGAAAGAAGACUGAAGAAGAAGGGAUGGCUCUACCUCCAUUUGUUCAAGUAGAAACGUUACAUCCGGGACACACAUUUGGUCUGCGUUCGUGUUUAGAACAUGAUGAAAGAGGUCCUUCAGUUAGUUUGGUCAGUGGUGACUGUGAAGUUCUUGCCAUCAACAAGAAAUUCUUCAUGAAGCAUUGUGAUGAUGCUCUUAUAAGCUUGAUUAAACUCAAGGCAAAGCCAUUCCCAUCACAGACUGAAUUGGUUGACAGAUUGGAUGCUAACAUGCAGUGGGAGGAAUUCAAACAAGAAACGUUGAAGGACUUCCUCCGUCAUAGAGUACGUGUAUCUAGAUAAUGUUAAAAAUGAAACACAUGAUCACUGCAACGACGUCUACAGAGUUCAUAAAGGCCCAAGAUUUUUUGUUGGCCACUCUAUUUAGAUCUUCAGCUUAUGUACGGAAACCGUAGAAAUUCUACCAGACCAUAUUCUUGUCUAAUCAAGAAUCUUUAAAUUAUCAGAGUGGAUCCUGUUCGUUUACGAAUACUAUCAUUGAAAUGGUAGUGUUCAAAACAUUUCUAUAAAUAAGUCAAAAUUUAGGGACAUUUUGGAACUGGGUAUCUCAGAAUCAGUAAUUUAGAAUACUAUUCGUUUAUCUCCUAUUAGCACACUAACAAUGUCGACAGUGAAUAUUUUUGUGAAUGAUUCAAGGAUGAACAUGUUUGUUGUAGGCUAUACUGUAUUACAAUUGCUUCUAACUGCAUCACUGUACAGUUUUAACAGCAUAAUUCUGUUAUGUUUUUAUGAUAAAACAAUAAGCCAAAUGCAGUGUGGAUAAUUUUAUUUUAAAAUAAUAAACAGUAUUUAAUAUAAUAUACCAGUAAUAAUAUACUUACAAACUCAAACAGUAAAAUAUUAAAGUAUUGAUUUCGGAAAGCUACUUAGGAGUUACAGAAAGAACUCCAUGUACAUGUUACAUUGUCUGACAAGCAAACACUUGGUAUGAACUUAUAGUAACACUAUAUUUGCCACAAGUCAUUUUCAAAUAAUUUAAAGUAAAUUCAUAAUUCAUAAACUAUUUGUAAAUGAGAAAAAAAUAUUUCUGAAGAAGUCACACAUUACUUCCUAACAUGGCAUUCUACAAUGCACAUCAAAACUUUAAUAUAUAUUGCACAACUAGGUAAGUUAACUCUGAAUACAUUAUAGCUUAUUUAAAACAAGAGGACCAGAUGGUCCUAGGUCGCUCACCUGAGAACAGCUUGAUCAAAUUUAAAUGAAUAUCCUGCUUAAAAUGCGACCCCUUUUGCGAAGGCAAGGUUAUUCUUUGAUUUGACCAGGUGACCUAGUUUUUGAUCCAACAUGACCCAUAUUUGAACUUGACCUAAAUUUUAUCAAAGCAAACAUUUUCAUCAAAUUUCAUGAACAUCCUGCCGGAAAUGUAGCCCGUAUUGCAUUCACAAAGUUUUUCUUUGAUUUUACUGGGUGACCUAGUUUUUGGUCCCAGAUGACCCCUAUUUGUACUCGACCUAGAUUUCAUCAAGACAACCAUUCUGACUAUAUUUUAAGAAUAUCCAGUGUAAAAUGCAGCCCCUAUUGUGUACACAAGGUUUUUCUUUGAUUUGACCGCAUGACCUAGUUUUUGAACCAAGAUGACCCAUAUUUGAAUUUGACCUAAAUUUCAUCCAGACAAACAUUCUGAUCAAAUUUCACGAAGAUCCGGUGUAAAAUGCAGUCUCUAUUGCAUACACAAGGUUUUUCUUUGAUUUGAUCUAGUGACCUUGUUUUUGAUUCCAGAUGACCCAUAUUCAAACUUGACUUGAAUUUCAUCAAGGCAAUCAUUCUGACAAAAUUUCAUGAAGAUCAAAUGAAAAAUACAGCCUCUAUAACAUAUGCAAGGUUUUUCUUUGAUUUGACCGGGUGACCUAGAUUUUGACUCCAGAUGACCCAUAUUCAAAGUUGACCUAGAUUUCAUCCAGACAAACAUUCUGGUCAAAUUUCCUGAAGAUCCGUUGUAAAAUGCAGUCUCUAUUGCAUACACAAGGGGUUUUUUUAUUUGAGCUAGCGACCUAGUUUUUGACCUCUGAUUAUCCAUAUUCGAACUUGACCUAGAUUUCAUCAAGGCAACAAUUCUGAGUAAAUUUUAUGAAUAUCCAGUGUAAAGUGGAGCCCCUAAUGCUUACACAAGGUUUUUCUUUGAUUUGACCAUGUGACCUAAUUUUUGACCCCAGAUGACCCAUAUUUGUGUAAAAAUAGUGUUCAUAAACAAAGUAUUUAUCAAAUUGCUUCUGAAACUGCAACAUCUGACAAUAAAACUAGAAUGUGUCUGUAGGACACGGGGUGUGCCCCCCACUGGUACAUUUGUCACAAAUAACGGGCAAUUAUUCUUAAUGGGGUAUAGCCUCAACAAACAUUUUAUGAAAAGGGUACAUUAUUCUAGGCCCUAUACUUUUGAGCUAUGAGCAUCACAAACAAAAAAUAUACUAUUUUGGCUAUUUCAAAGGCCAUAACUCUGUAAUAAGAGUAAGAUUCUCAAGAAGAAUGCCAAGUGUGCAAGGCCACAUCAUGAUAAAGACUCCAGCAAGGUUUCCUGAAUUUACAUCUAAUACUUUAGAGCUAGGCACAUAAUUAGGUGAAAAAGUGCAUUUUUUUACUAUUUCAUGGGCCAUACCUUUAAAAAUAGGGGGUGGAACCAGCCAAAAAAUUAGAAGUGUGCAAGUUUAUAUCAUGAUAAAGACUUAUGCAAGUUUUCAACCAUUUAUAUUAAAUACUUUUUGAGCUAGGUGCGUCACAAGGUGAAAAUGUACAUUUUUGACUAUUUCAGGGGCCAUAACUCUAAAAAUAGAGGGCGGACCCAAAUGAAAAAUAGGAGGUGCGAAAGUUCAUAUCAUGAUUAAGAUUCAUGCAAGGUUUCAUGAAUCUAUAUCAAAUACUUUUUGAGCUAUGCAUGUCACAAGGUGAAAAUGUGCAUUUUUGACUAUUUCAGGGGCCAUAACUCUGAAAAUAUGGGACGGACCCAAAUGAAAAAUAGGAGGUGCACAAGUUCAUAUCAUGAUUAAGACUCAUGCAAGGUUUCAUGAAUCUAUAUCAAAUACUUUUUGAGCUAGGCGUGUCACAAGGUGAAAAUGUGCAUUUUUGACUAUUUCAGGGGCCAUAACUCUGAAACUAGGGGGGCAGAGCCAGAUGAAAAAUAGGAGGUGCGCAAGUUCAUAUCAUGAUUAAGACUCAUACAAGAUUUCAUGAAUCUAUAUCAAAUACUUUUCGAGCUAGGCGUGUCACGAUCUUCGGACGGACGGAUGCACGCACGGACGGACGGAUGCACGGACAAGACCAAAUCUAUAUGCCCCCACCACUCGUGCUUCAACUCAGAAUUUUAAGCACUUUAUGUGUAUUUUUCACUAAGUCAACGACCAUAUCUCUGGUCUACCCAAGAGAAUUCUCAAAGCGAACACCUGGUGCAGAACUUCACAUGCUCUAUAACAAUCUUUUAAUGUUUUAUGACUCAAGUCAAGUAUAUUUGGUGAUACAUGGGACACAAACUCUUGUGCCCUUAAUGCAUAUCUUUGGCUUAUUCAAGGGCCGUAACUCUGGUCUGAUGAGGAAAAUCCAAAAAGAAACUCAGUUGAUAAACUAACGUGCUGAAUAAUCUCUGUGUAAUCUUUCAUGACUAUUUGUUUAAUAUUUUUAAGAUAUAUGCUUCUGUUAUGUUUCAUGACCUUAGGUCAAAUACUUCUUAGAUAAUUAUGUGCUACACAAACUUUUAUGUCCUUUUAUGUGUAUUUUUGGCUAAGUCAUAACUCUGGUCUUGCUGAAUGAAAUCUCUAAGAAAACCCAGGUGAACAACUUCAAAUGCUGGAUAAUAUUCAUGUAAUGUUUCAUAAUCCUAGGUCAAAUACUUGUUGAAAAACAUGCAACACAAACUCUGAGCCCUUAUUAUGCAUAUUUUUGUCGACCACAUAAUACAUGAAUCGUAUGGGAGCCCGUGCGUGCGUCCGUCCGUCCGGAUUUGUUUGUCCGGACCAUAACUUUGACAUGCAUGGAGCAAUCUUGUUUAUAUUUGGCAUGAAUGUUAACCUCAGUGAGACGGAGUGUCAUGUCAAACCACAGGUUCCUAUCUCAAAGGUCAAGGGUUAAUUUAUCGAAGAAUUUAUAUAAAAAGCUUGAAAGCUUGUGACUAUGUUCAUACUCAUCCGUACUCAAAGUGUGUUCAUACUCAAAAUGACUCUAAUAUAAAGUUAUUAUUCUUGAAAUUGUGUCCUGUUUAGCAAAUUUUUAAGUAAUCUGAAAAUUAUAUUGUAAAUGUCAUGUUUGUAAUAAAGAGAGAUAAAAAAAUUGUUUAAAGACCUUCAUUACAAGUUUUUUUUAUAGUGUUGUUGAUUUCUGUGCCCUGGUUAUGGAUAUUUAAAACAUCUUUACCAUUUCAAAGAACAAAUAAAUGGUAAUUAAACAAGAGAUCACAGAGUGAUCUUGGCGCCCACCAUUGAGCCAUUUUUGAAUGUUCCAAAUUUCAAGACUAUCUCAAAAUCAAGGUCAAAGUUCCUUUUGGUACACAAAACUGCAUGUGGUCCAAAUUUGAAAGCUGUAGCUUGAGAAAUGUGAAAUUAGGUCACCAGGUCAAUCUCGAGGUCAUAGUUCAUUUUGGUACACAAAACUGUAUAUGUGGUCCAAAUUUGAAAGUUGUAGCUUGAGAAAUGUGAAAGUAGGUCACUAGGUCAAAACCAAGAUCAAAUUUCAUUUCGGAACACAAAACUAUGCAUGUGGUCCAAAUUUGAAGCCUGUACCUUCAAAAAUGUGAAAGUAGGUCACUAGGUCAAUGUCAAGGCCAAAGUUUAUUUUGGUACACAAACCUAUGCAUGUGGUCCAAAUUUGAAGCCUGUAGCUUGAGAAAUGUGAAAGUAGGUCACCAGGUCAAUCUCGAGGUCAUAGUUCAUUUUGGUGCACAAAAUGAUAUAUGUGGUCCAAAUUUGAAAGUUGUAGCUUGAGAAAUGUGAAAGUAGGUCACUUGGUCAAAAUCAAGGUCAAAUUUCAUUACUGAACACAAAACUAUGCAUGUGGUCCAAAUUUGAAGUCUGUACCUUCAAAAAUGUGAAAGUAGGUCAAUGUCAAGGUCUAAGUUUAAUUUGGUACAAAAACCUAUGCAUGUGGUCCAAAUUUGAAGGCUGUACAUUGUAGCUACAGAAAUGUGAAAGUAGGUCACUAGGUCAAGAUCAAGGUCGACUCGUGUCAAGGUUCAUCUAGCCACUCAAAACUAUACAUGUGGUCCAAAUUUGAAUGUUGUAUGUUAAAAACAAAAAGGUAGGUCACUAGAUCAAAAUAAAUGACCUUGUCCCUAAACAAGAGAGACGACACCAUUAAUGAGUUAUAUGCAAUUAUUUUUUUCUUAUUAUGGAAACAGAGAAUGCACAUAUAAUUACUUAUAUUAUAACUAAUAAUUAAACCCAUACCCUAAACAAGAGAGAUGACACCAUUAAUGAGUUAUAUGCAAUUAAUAUUUUUUUUAUUAUGGAAACAAAGAAUGCACAUAUAAUUACUUAUAUUAUAACUAAUAAUUAAACCUAGAAAUUUGAGUACUGAACAAAUUAAUCCUCAGUCUACUAGGGUAGUUCAUCCACUGCUGAGGUGUAAUAGGAAAAUAAGAAAGAACUUGAAUCAUUAUCUCAUUAGUGUCUGCAGACUUUAUGACCCUUCUACAGGUAAGGCCAUAAAAAAACAAUUAUAUAUAUAUAACUAAUUGGAGGGCCACUGGGUGUAAAAUUAUAUUAGAAAUCAAAAUAAACAACAGGCCAUAACUCACUCAAAAAUUGUUGAACCAGUCUGAUUUUCAGGGGGACACAACAAGGGUACCAAUACAUCAUUCUGACAAAGUUUGGUCAAAAUCCUCCCAGUAGUUUCUGAGGAGAUGCGAUAACGAGAAAUUGUAAACGGACGGAAGGACAGACCACAGACGCAGAGUGAUUUGAAUAGCCCACCAUCUGAUGAUGGUGUGCUAAAAAUGUACCAGAACCGUAAAGUCAUCACAUGAAACCAUAUAUUUAGUGGUUGUGUUAUGUUUUUAUGCAAGAAUAGUGACAAUACACGUUUGUUUUGAGUAUUAACGUCUGCAGAAGCCCCUGGGAUAUGUUUGUGACCUCGACCUUCUGUCUCGGUCACAAACAUUACUGAGAGCUUCUGCAGACGUUAAUACAUAAAGAAAAACGUGUAUAAUCCCUACAACACAUGAAAUUAAUAAUGAAGAAAUAUACUGAAUAAAACAGUUAACCCUCCAUUUGUUGAUUUUUAGAAAUUACAUUAAAGUACUUUUGACAUGUAAGAUACCCUCAGAACUAUAUGCUGUUAAAGACAAAACAAUUUUUUUUAACAAAAUCAAACUAUGCUGUCAUAUCAAUGUUUUUCAUUAUACAACUUCAUUCCAUUUUUAAGUCAUAAAAAUAAACUAAAAUGUCUAAAGUUUACAAACUAGCGAAAAAUGUUAAGUGGGAAGAAAAUGUUAACAAAAACAAAUAAUGUCACUGGCAAGCCCUAUCUCAAAGCAGCAUUUGAUACAUGUGUGAUAUGUAACCAUAUUCUAGUGAAAAAUAGUUGUUUUUUCAUACCUCUGUAUUUUUAUAAAUGAGUGUUCUUUUUCUAAAAAUAACCUUUAUGUGUAUUUUUGUUGACUUCUUUUUGUCGAGUGUUAGUAAAAUGAAUAAAAUUGUAUCUUUACACAA